AUGGCCCCAGGGGGGCCCGGCCCGGCGUCGCCGGCGCAUCCUGCUGCUGCCGCCCCCCCUGCUCCUCCAGAUCCUCCUGCUCCUCUUCCCGCCCCGCCGCCUCAGCUGCACUGCGGUGUCUGCGGGGCGCUGUUCCCCUCUCGGAACAAGCUCUUCGCCCACCUGGAGCUCGAGGGCCACCACCUGGAGGGCACCGGCGAGGCCGCGCAGGACCCAGCUGCCUCUGUCAGGGAGAACGCGGACUUCCGAGAGUACUACAGGCUGCAGGGCAUUGCCGGGAGCGACGAGGAUUGGCGGCGCUGCUACGAGCUCUUCCAGCAGGAGCUGCCCGUCUGCUUCCGGCUGACCCUGGCCGCCUGCCCGCCGCGCGCCCCUCGCGGCCCGGGCCUGGCGGAGGCACUGCUGCGGGAGGCCGGUGUCGAUUUUGCCCCCGCGGCCUACCACUUUGGUUGCGACGGUGGCGGCGUCAGCGGCCACGGCAGGUGCUCGCUUUGGACACUGAGCGGGCACACCGUCAGGCGGGGAGUCAGCAGCGGCCUCGAGACCGCGCAGUUCGUUGGCCUGCUGCAGCGGCAGGAGCAGAACAGCGCCCUGCCGCCGCUGCUCCUCGGCGUGCGCGAGAGCGACAAGGUGCUGGACCUCUGCGCGGCCCCCGGCUCGAAGUCCCUGCAGCUCCUCGACCUGAUGCUCGCGGACUCCCCGCCCGGCGCGCUGCCGUCGGGAAUGCUUGUCGCGAACGACGUGAGCCGUGCCAGGGCGAGCGUCAUGGCGAGGCGCGCGCGGGAGCAGCUGAGGUCCUGCCUGAUAUCACCUUCAGCGACGCCCGCUUCUACCCCACGGUGCGGAGGCGCGGCGGCUUCAAGGUGCGCUUCGACCGCGUGCUGUGCGACGUGCCCUGCAGCGGGGACGGCACGCUGCGGAAGUGCCGGGCGCAGCGGGGCGGCCGGCGAAGCAUGUGGUCGGAGUGGUCCGUCAAGGUGGGGAUGCGCCUCCACGCGGUGCAGGCGAAGAUCUUGCGCCGUGGCCUGA